GUGUUCUUGGACGCGAAUUACUCCAUUUUGCUUUUCCACGUGGAUUCAUUGGGAUGUAUAGACUUUUUAUCGACAGUUUGCUCUUUAUUUUGUACAUUUCAAUGUGACUUGUGUGAAUUAUCUGUCUACUGUCUUCUAAUUUUUACGCAUUUACAUUUUCUGGCUCUAAUAGUGUUUCAUUUAUUAUAAAAAUAAGAUGACUGACGAUUCUUUAACGGAGAUGCCUGUUGCACAAAAUGAAGUCAAAUCCAGCUGGGCUGAUGAAGUCGAAGAAGAGGGAGGAGCGCUACCCGCGCCCACGGAAGUCUACGAAAACGGCAUGAAAAUUCUCACAGAGUACAAGUACAAUCAGGACAACAAAAAAGUUAAGGUUGUACGUGUCUACAAGAUCGAGCGGCGUAUAGUGUCCAAAACGAUUGCCGAACGUAAGAAUUGGGCGAAGUUCGGCGAUUCCGCUGAUGACAGGCCUGGACCUAAUCCAGCCACCACUGUCGGCGGUGAAGACGUCUUUAUGCAGUUUAUAUCUAGUAAAGAAGAGGAGAACAAAGUAGAAGAAGAUUCUCUAGAUAAAUUAAAAAGUAUGGGCGAUAAGGGAGUCGUCAAAUGUCGUAACUGUAACGGCGAUCACUGGACAUCUAAAUGUCCAUAUAAAGAUACUGUUCUCGCUGGUGGGAAAGUACCAGACGACAAGAAACCUCUCGUCAAUACAGGAGUACCCGGUGCAAUGGCUGAACUUAAGCCACAGGGUGGCAAGUACGUACCACCUGGUAUGCGCGAGGGUGGCAACAAACGUGGCGACUCGAUGCAAAUGCAGAGACGCGACGACACGACCGCCAUACGUAUUUCCAAUCUCUCACAGAGCACUACAGAUGCAGAUCUGGACGAGCUUGUGAAACCAUUCGGUUCUGUAGUGAAGCAGUUUCUUGCCAAAGAGAAACUCUCCAAUCUCUGCAAGGGUUUCGCAUAUGUACAUUUUAAACAUAGAGCCGACGCCGCAAGAGCAAUUGCUACUCUGGAUGGUUACGGUUACGAUCAUCUAAUUCUGAGCGUCGAAUGGUCGAAACCACAAGUUCAGAAUAAUUAAAACUAAAUGCAAACGACGAGUGAGGCAGCAUGGACAGAAAUAUGAAUUUAGUUCAACUGAAAGAAAUCCUCUAUGGAAAUCCUACGACAUACGAACUGUAUUUGUGCGUAAAUCUAUAUUCUUAUGAUAUCAAAUGUAGAAAGACAAUAGUGGUCUGUAUUCUCAUUUAAUUAUAAAUGUCAGAUUUUUAAUUAGAUUUACGUUAUAUAUUUAUUUAAUAUGUUUAAUUAUGUAUAAUAAAAAUUCCUACCAGAAAUAUACCUGCAAAUACAGACCGCGAA